AUGCUCGGUCACAACAAGACGCGGUGGAGGCCCCUCAAAACCUCCACCUCAGCAGUCCCUGGCCCCUCAAAGCCGACUUUCUUAAAGUUUUAUUUUAUUUUACUGGGGCUCAUAAAUUGCAAUCCUUCGGGUUGGCUGGGACCGCUAGAAAAAGAGCUAAAAGAGGUUAUAAAGCAACGACGGCAAGCAAUUGGGUGAAAGUCAAACCCCUGCGCGCAAAGAGCGCUGCGCAGAUCAAAACUCGCCGAGCACCUAACGCGGACUCCAACGGGCGGUGA